AUGCAUUUCCCCCACUUUGAAACAGCCCUCCAGCGGCACAUUGACGACAUCUCCAAAAUGAACCUCGACGCGUCCAUGCAGGCUCUGGUGGACCUGUCGCCUAGUCUGACUGCCUCGAUCUCCCCGCAAGGAAGACGACUAGUCAAUCAUCCUGGUUACGAGGGUCUAGGCGAUCUCGAUACCAUUGGGAGCUUCUACCUACUCGCCGCGGAACGCUGCACCACCGAACACGCCUCAUUCGACACUCGACUUGCGCACCUGUCAUUAGAGGGAAAUAUUUAUGAUAUAUACUGCAGCAGUGAAGAUACUCUUAAAGAUGGCGUCGAGUCAGGCACGGUAACUCGGCCUAAGAACAACAACAAUGGCUGUCUUUGCUGCCAAGGACAUCCCCCUUCCGUGAUCCUAGCACGGUUCCAUGAAGGAAACGCCUUGUUCUUCGAAGAGGAGGAGUAUAGAAGACUCUGGGGUGACGAGGAUCCUAUUGGAACUCGGAUUGGGGUAGACCAUAAGUGGCUCAUGGGUUCCAAAGAACAGGUGGAAGCAGCCAAGCAGCGUCAGGGCGAAAGUCCGACUGACUCUCGGCUAUAG